CUGGUAUUUCAAAUACACUUUUCUUUUUUCAGCAUAAAUGCAAUUGAAAGUUCGCGCAAGGAUGAUGAUUCGCAGUGGUUGACAUAUUGGGUGGUUUUUGCAUUGCUCACUAUUCUGGAAUUCUUCUCCGAAACUUUUGUGGCAUACAUUCCAGUUUAUUGGCUUGUCAAGUGUCUUUUUCUGGUCUGGUUGUUCGCACCGAUGACAAUGGGCGCCCAGAAAAUAUACGCGCGCAUUAUACAACCGUUUGUGCACAAGCAUCACUCGCUGAUUGGAAAACAGAUUGGUCGAGCGGCACAGAAGCUGAACGAAGGAGGGGACGGUGAAUUUUCUAAAUUUCCGCAUAAUUUUUGGUAAGG